GUGAUUUUCGGAUAAUUAUCUUGUUUUUCGUCCUUUCUGAGUCUUUGGAUCUUUGUCUCAUCAGCUUUAAUGGAAUAGAAGAUCUGGAAUAUGUCGGUUCUUUGUUCUUUUAACGCCCAAAGAGGCGCAUCGUCGACACGGAUUGCAUCAUGGCUAAUGCAGCCUCUCGUGCUGUGCGUCUUUGUCAUGGCCGUUGCGCACGGGCAGGUCCGUUAUUCUAUCCCAGAGGAGAUGACAAAGGGCUCGCUGGUGGGAAAUAUCGUUCAGGAUCUCGGUUUGGAUGUUAAGAGGCUGAAAUCUGGUCGAGCGCGGAUCUUUACGGAGGACAGUCGUGAGUACAUCGGUCUGAAUGUGGAUAAAGGGACUCUGGUAGUGAAAGAGAGGAUAGAUAGAGAGGAGCUGUGUGCCCAAGUGUCUCCCUGCUCAUUACAUUUCCAGAUCAUUCUAGAAAGCCCCAUGGAGCUGCAUAGAAUCGAUGUAGAAAUAUUAGACAUCAAUGAUCAUGCACCUGAUUUUGCUCGAAAGGAAAUAGAUUUUCAAAUAAGUGAAUCUUGCCCUUCCUGGGGCUCGAUUUUCUUUAGACAGCGCACAAGAUCCUGACACUGGCACUAACGCGCUACAGUCAUACACGCUAAAGACAACAGAUAAUUUCGUUCUGAAGGUACUAACGCGAA